AUGAGCAGGGCUGCUGCCAGGCCUGUGAAGCUUCGUGUGCCACGUGCCGGGGGCCCACCCAGGAAGACUGCACCAGCUGCCUCCUCGCAAGGUGGCAGCUGCGUGCAGCAAUGUGGGCCUGGCUUCUACACUGACCAGGAGGUGGGAGUCUGUGAGCCCUGUCACCAGGCCUGCUUGGCCUGCACCGGCCGGGGCUCCCACGAAUGCACCAGCUGUGGAGCUGGGCUGCAGCUGCGUCUGGGGAUGUGCCUGCCGCCCGCCCAGGCCCAGGAGGAAGGCAAGCUGUGGAAAGGUGCCUAUCUGUUGGCUCAGGCCUGCGUGGCCUCCUGUCCCCAAGGCACGUGGGCCUCGGACAGGAGUGGCCGCUGUGAGCACUGUGCUGAGGGCUGUGGCUCCUGCUCCACCGCCGACCGCUGCGCCACGUGCCGCAUGCAGCCGGACUUGCCGCUCUUCCUGCACGAAGUUCUCCCUUCCUGUCCCUGCCCACCCGUCGCAGAGUUCAUUUUCCAGAUCGUUUCCAUGGAGCGCCAUGCACAGGGCUUUUACGGCACAGACGGCCUCUGCGAACCGUGCAGCUCUCCCUGCAGAAUCUGCGAAGGAAAUGCCACCAACUGUCAGACCUGUGAAGAAGGGUUUGUCCUAGAUGGCAGAGAAUGCUGGGAAGCCUGUCCUGAGAAACACGUGGCUGUGGACGGGGUGUGCAGGCACUGUCCGGAGAUGUGUCAGGAGUGUCUCCAUGAGAGAACAUGCAAAGAGUGCAUGCCCGACUUCUUCCUGCAUGAAGACACAUGCCAUCAGUCCUGUCCCCAGGGCUCCUACUCACACGCAGGCCAGUGUAUCACCUGCCACGAAGACUGCCUCCAAUGCAGCGGCCCCAAGGCGGAUGACUGUGAGCAGUGUGCCGAUAUAUCUAAGUCCCUCUACAAGGGGCAGUGCCUGGACGAGUGCCCAGUGGGAGCUUACUACGAGGAAGAGACCGAGAGCUGCCAAGAUUGCCCCAAGUUCUGCCACACCUGCUCAUCACCCGGGACCUGUAUCACGUGUCGGAAAGGCUGGAAAAAGACCAAGCUCGGGAACUGCAUUCCGCACAGCGAGUGUGCGGCCAUUGAGUACUGGGAUGAGGCGGGGCACAGGUGUCGGCCAUGUCACCGCAAGUGCUGGCACUGCUCAGGGCCCAGGGAGGACCAGUGCGAAGCCUGCCCCAGGCCCAGCCUCCUUCUCAACUCGACGUGCGUGGGGGACUGCCCGGAGGGCUACUACGCGGAGGAGGACAGCCAUCGGUGCGUCCCGUGCCACAGCUCCUGCAGGACCUGUGAAGGGAAACACAGCCUGCAGUGUCUCUCCUGCCGGCCUGGCUGGCUCCAGCUGGGCAGAGAGUGUGUGCUUCGGUGCAGGGACGGAUAUUAUGCAGAAAACUCCAGUGGUCAUUGUAAGAAAUGCGACAAGAGAUGCAAGACCUGCGGGGGCCCGCAGCCCACAGACUGUCUGUCGUGUGACAAGUAUUUCUUCCUCCUCCGCUCCAAGGGGCAGUGUUACCGCACCUGCCCCCAGCAUUACCACGCAGAGCCACGCACUCAGACCUGUGAGAGAUGCCAUCCGACUUGCAAUGAAUGCAAAGGAACGCGAGCAUCGGAUUGCGUGUCUUGCGUGUGGAGUUACCACCUCAUGGGAGGAAUCUGCAAUUCGGACUGUUUGCUGGGGGAAUACCGCAUGGGAGAGGGAGAAAAUUUCAGUUGUGAAGCCUGCCACGCGAGCUGCAUGGAGUGCAAGGGGCCCGGCCCCAGGAACUGCACCGGGUGCCCCGCCGGCCUGCUGCUGCACCUGGACCACAGCCGCUGCCUCGGCUGCUGCAGCGCUGCCACUGACCCCCAGGACUGCUGCGACUGCCAGGAGACCACGGAGGAGUGCAUCCUGCCAGCAGGGAAGGCCAGGCCUGCGGCUGAACGUUCCAAGACGGCCCUGCUGGUCACCUCCUCCCUCAUGCUGCUGCUCCUGCUGGGGGCCUCGGUGGUUAUCUGGAAGAAGCCCUGGAGCCGAGUCCAGCCGGUGGAAAAGGCAGGCUAUGAAAAGCUGUCUAACCCUAGCCAGCCUCACUCUUCCUACAAGAGCAGCUAUCUCCAGAGCACCAGCUUUGAAGAUCAGGUGAUCGAGUACAGGGACCGGGACUAUGAUGAGGAUGACAAAGAUGACAUUGUCUACAUGGGCCAAGAUGGCACUGUCUACCGGAAGUUUAAGUAUGGGCUGCUGGAUGACGAGGAGGAGGGCGAGCUGGAAUAUGAUGAUGAGAGUUACUCCUACUCGUGAACAGGGCCCCCCCCCACUCCCUCCCCCACCCCCACCCC